GUGAGCGAGGAGAAGGAGAGCAGAAGCCUAAAGAGGGAUCUGCAUGGUAAGUAGCUAGACCAGCGAGCACUUUUAUUCAUUGAAAAUUCCUGUGUUGGAGGGAGAAGAAAAUAAAGAUACAACAGAGGAUUCGGGACCCUGUCCCCCAGUUCCACUGCCUGGACGAGUGGAGUAAAAAGCUAAGGAGGAAGACCGAAGGUUAAAGAAGCUGGGAGGGACACAAGGCAGUCAUGGAUAGCACAUAGAGCGUCAGCCAGACGCUAGGAUGGCCUGGAUUCCCACACUGUCGCUGGCAACCAUCCAGCUCAGAAGCUACUGAUACCCAUGAGCUCCCAUGUGUUCUCUCAGUCAUGCUUCCCAGGUAUGGAUUCUCCCCUCUCCCUGACUUCCAGCCUCACCUCCACGCCUUCCGUUACCGAGGAGAGAGCCCCAGCAUGUGGAUCCCGGUCUCAGGCGAGUCCCAGGCUUUGAGCGAGGCCCGGGACAACAGGCCUCUCCUGCGGCAGUGCCAACACAACCACAUCGCCGUGUGUCAGCAGGAGCUGCAGCCGCCUGUGACCCCCAGCGUCAACGGCCGUGGAUCACCUACUAUAGACACUCAGCGCUCCACCCCUAUGUCUCUGAAUCAUUGCAAACACACGAGGAGUGAAGCAGAAAAUGGCGGCGGGUGGAGUAACCCUGAUCAUGACACUGAUACUGAUACGGACCUGUGUUCAGACUCUCAGACGCGAGGGGGCGACGUUGAGCUUGUUAUCCGGGAAGAUAGGAGUACUUACCCUCCAGUGCAAGAGCUGUGUGAGAGACCCAUGGCGGUGUCGACUGUGUUUCGUCCCCUCCACACAUCCCUCAGCUUGCCCCUGUUCCUCCCUCUGUCCUCCCUGUACAGGGAAACAGACUACUGGGACUCUCAGCCAUCUGGCUCUCCAUCCUCACAUGAGCCUCCGGCGCUGCAGAGCCCAGACACCUGUCGACCCCAGAGGAGGGCUUCACAGGGCUCCCUCAAGGAAAAGUCCAUCCGGCGUAAGGUGCGAGUGUACUCACCAGACAGCCUGAGCAACGACUCUCUGGCCAGCCCCAUUCUGGAUGGCGACUACCUCUUCCCAGGACCCUUCGACUCCUUCCUGGAGGAGGACAUCGGGGGAGACCCUGAAGACACCACGAGUCCCUCAUCAACAGGGGGGGGACCCAACCCCCGAAAGACUCCACCUCUGUCCGCAGAGCCGCUGCAGUUGUCAGAGCACUCAUCUGUCUUGAACUGUGGGGCUGUAGAGAAUUCCUCGGCCACCGGAGGAAGCUCUUUAGCCCGCUCCGGUAUGGCGGAACACGAGCGGCGGCGCUUCUCAGCCUCGGAGCUGAUCUCACGGCUACAGCUUUCCCAGAGGAAGAACUCGUUCACACUAAAGCUUGGCAAGUCGCUGUCAGCUCGGGUGGCCUCCCGCGACAGGCAGAACCCCAGCAACCUCAGCUCUGACUAUAAGUCCACUUCCAGGCAUCAUGGCUCAGGUGGUGCCAGUGACAGCACCCCCCACAGUCCUGUAGGACCUGCACUGCCACUGCCAUCUGUUGACAAUAACACGCAACAACAUCGACGUAGCACCGGAUUCACAAUCAAAAAUAUGAGGAAGAAGUCUAUUGAGGAGGAUUGGUGCACUCCUCCCACAGUCAGCAGAUCCAAUCGUCUGUCACGGUUUCUCCCCAACUCGAUUCUGUACCAGGAGUACAGUGAUGUUGCAAUCAACCGAGAAAUCCUGAGGCAGCAGGGGGAGGAGCCAGGUGCUGAGGAGGAGAGGCUAAGGGAGGAAGGGGCUGGGGAGACUCCAUCUCCAUCCAAUCUGUCUCCGUCCAGCUCCUUUCGCUCGUCACGAGGCUCCGCGUUCUCCCUGUGGCAGGACAUCCCUGACGUCCGGACCAGCGGUCAGCUGGACAACUUCAGCAACGUGGAGCGCAAACUACAGGAGGCCAAGUUUGAGCUGGUGACAUCAGAGGCGUCGUACAUUCGGAGCCUGACCAUCGCGGUAGACCACUUUAUGCUGUCCCAGGAGCUGGGGGAGUGUCUGGGGGCCCAGGAGAGACAGUGGCUCUUCUCCAAGCUCCCCGAGGUCAAGGAUGUCAGUGAGAGGUUCCUGCAGGACCUGGAGCACAGGCUGGAGGAGGACAUCUUGCGUUUUGACGUGUCUGACAUCGUCCUGGCCCACUGUCCCGCCCUGCGAAGGGUCUACCUCCCCUACGUGACCAACCAGGCCUACCAGGAACAGACCUACCAGCGCAUGUUACAGGAGAAUACUCGCUUCCCAGGCAUCCUGGCUCGUUUGGAAGAAGACCCCAUCUGCCAGCGUCUUCCCCUCGCCUCCUUCCUCAUCCUCCCCUUCCAGAGGAUCACACGGCUCAAGAUGCUGGUGGAGAAUAUCCUAAAGAGGACAACACCAGGCUCUAUGGAUGAGGACACAGCCACCAAGGCCUUCAAUGAGCUGAAAAAGAUUAUAAAGGAAUGUAACUCCAGCGUGCAAUCAAUGAAGAGGAUGGAAGAGCUCAUUCACCUCAAUAAGAAGAUCCACUUUGAGGGCAAGAUAUUCCCUCUGAUCUCCCAGUCUCGCUGGCUGGUCAAACAUGGAGAACUGCUGGAAGUGGACACGCAGACCAUGAGUAUUUCCGGGACAAAGUUCAAGUUGCCCACAAAGCCUGUGUACCUGCAUCUGUUCAAUGACUGUCUUCUGCUGUCCAGGAGGAAGGACACGUGGAAGUUCAUGGUGUUUGUUCACGCUAAGAUCGGGCAGCUGAAGGUGAAGGACCUCAGUCAGAAGCUCCAGGGCAUCUCAGGUUUCAUCUUCCACCUGCAGCUGUGUGAGGGCCAGCAGCUCAAACACCAGAUCCUACUCAAGGCCCACACGGAGAGUGGAAAACAGAGAUGGAUCACAGCCAUGUUCCCCUCUGAUCCAUUGGAAGAUAUUGAGCAGGCCAAUGAGAAUGAUGAUCUUUCCCAAGUUCAAUGCAUCAAGAGCUACCAGGCCCAGGAGCAUGAUGAGCUAACAUUGGAGAAGGCUGAUAUUCUUCAAGCCAAGACCAUUACAAGUGACGGCUGGGUGGAGGGCAUUCGGCUGUCAGACGGGGAGCGGGGCUGGUUCCCGAAAACCAACGUGGAGGAGAUCACAUGUCGCAGUGCGCGUCUCCGCAACCUCAGAGAAAACAUCCGCAUUAAGUGUGUCACACAGAAGCUGGAAGAGGAGCUCUUUUAAGUGUCCUUUCCAUCCUGCAGCUUUUCAUUUAUGCUUGGAAUGAUCAAUCAAACAGUGCAACAACUCUCAACCCAAGUAUCCAUUAGACCCAGCUUUUACGCAACACCAGUUAUACAAUAGCUGAGCAGUUUUAGAUUAUCUGGAUGUGGGAGCUUUAUCUAGUCUGCAGGUGCUCAUAAGGGCAUUCUUUUUGUCAUAGCUUGAGCAUAAGCAAUAUUCUUAGGCAAUAUCGUUAUGCAGCUGCGUAGCAGUAAUUUUCUUUCACUCAUGCUUGCUAUGACUGCAUAGACAGUGCCUUGCAAAAGUAUUCAUCCCCCUUGGUGUUUCGCCUAUUUUGUUGCAUUACAAC